AUGACCCAGUUUUCACGGUUUGCUGCAGUGCAACAAGCGCAACUGAAGACCUCGAAGGCAAUGAUGAAUGGAAUCCCUACCAUGCGGAAGGGGAGCGAUAAAUCUACCAAAGAGAAGAAACCAAUGCCCGACAAGAGCAAGACUGAGAUCCCUUGCGAUCAUUAUCUGAAGCGCUUCCAGAUUUGGGACCUUGAGGAGUUCCGUUACGUCCCAUAUGACCCGAGCGCUAACGCAUCUCCUCCUGCCCCCAAGGAAGAAGAUAAAAACAAGUACUUCUACAUCGAUACACGGUAUGAACAUGAACGAGCUGAACCAAAGGUCUGGGUGACAAAUUUCGGCAAACCAUCGCUUGCUUUCUUGCGAGUCACUGUUGGAGAUACCUUCUUCUACCAGGAACCCGAGUACCUUGUCACGUCCUUUUUCCCGAAGCUGUCUUUGAUGAGAAAGACUCUGGCGACCGCGCAGUCCUUUGCUUUGUCAGACAAGACGUAUACGCAGGAGGAAUGUCUUCAAGUCGUAAAGGCCGUAGGACUGAAUGACCAACCCCCGACGUCAGAUAUGAUCCAACAAGUGAAGGAAUUGGUAGAGCAUGUCCAGGUUCUCAUGGCACAUCUCGAGGAACAGUUCAAGUCAAGCGCCGAUCGAGUGGCUCUGGCCAGUAGCUAUGGUCACGCUGAGUUUGAUCUACUUCAAUACUUCUUUGAGCCUGGUCAGGAGAUGGUUACUACUGACAGGUUUCGUAAACCGAUCGCUGUGAUAAUUGAGAACGCUUACUAUGACAAUGAGCAAUAUCCUGAUCCUGGUCGAUUCUUCUACGUUGGUACCAGGGAAAUGUCGUGUCUCCCUUGGACCAAAUUGGAGCCCGAUGUUCAGGUAAAACUCAAAGCUCGCGGAAAGCUAUACACAGCGCAUUCUGGUGUGCACUACAGAGUUUAUGGGACUAAACGUGUUAUGACCGAUCGGAUGGCGUACGAUGAUUGGCCGGGCUACACCCGCAACCCUGAUCAACUUAUACCUGAACUUGAAGAGGAGCGUCUUCAUCUCCUUCCUUCAGAAGUUUACGGACUCAAUCUGAUGACCAAAGAGUGGUCCAGUUUCCUCAUCGAGGUAUUAGAAGAAGUGGUAUUUGACGAGCAUGCAUGGGAUCAUCUGGUCCUGGAUGAGGAUGUUAAGACAUUAAUUAAAGGCCUUGUCGAGGUGACCAAGAACAAGAACUCCUCCAGAAAAAUGAUCAGCGACGUCAUCUCCGGGAAGGGUGAUGGCCUGAUUUCUGUCCUCCAUGGUCCCCUGGGAACCGGGAAGACCCUCACCACCGAGUCAGUGGCAGAGCUACUCCGUCGUCCACUUUAUAUGGUUGGUUCAUCGAAGCUCUCUGCUCGUCCCUCCCAGUUAGAGGUAAACCUUCAAUCUACUCUCAGUCUUGAGAGAAACGCUCUGGUUUCAGUAGCGUUAAGAGUCCUAGAGUAUCACCGUGAUGUCACUACAAACCGGAUCAAAACAUUUGAUAAAACCUUUCUGUCUCGUUUCUCGAUCGCUAUCAAGUAUCCCGAACUUGACAUUGCUGAUAGACGCGCCAUCUGGAAGAAGUUCUUUAGCCUCACUGAUUGUACCGUAUCUGCGGAAGAUCUGGAGGAGCUGGCAGUGAAAUCGUUCAGUGGGCGCACUAUCAAGAACAUUGUCCGAAUGGCGCAGGCAUUAGCUCUUUCAACGUGGGUUCCUCGAUGUAUCAGACGGUUUUCAAAUAAUCAGCUUCUUUACAGAGACAAGCCAUUUGGCAUCGAGCAUAUUCAGGUGGUUUCGAGAGUUCAGGAAAAGUUCCUGGACGAGUUUUCACGUUUAGAGUGGUGA